UAAACAAGCCAAAUCUGUCAAAAACUAACAACAGAACCUGGUUUGGUUACAUUACAAUCAACGAGAAUCAGAAGCGUGUUUCAGACCAUUUAUUUUAUUUUUAUUAUUACAAUAAUUAACUACUUUAAAAUGAAAAAGUUCUUCGUAGUAAAUAGUUGGGGUAAAGGCGAAAGUCCUAUUCAAUUUGCCUCAGUUCCGAAGCAACAAAAGGCGGACAUAUCUGCAUUUAAAAAAGCAAAAAAAAAGAAGAAAAAUAUUAAGGAUUCUUCAACUGCAAGUGGCCAGAUAUUUCCACGUCCUCCUUUAGCUCCGCCACCAUCACCACCACCAAUUACUGAAUCACCUGCCCUAAAACAAUCUAAAUCAAUUCUUCGUGGUCGAGUAACGAAGCCAAAUAAAAAAUCCAAACCAGCAAAAGAAUCGCCCAACAAAAUCAAAAUGCCAACACCUAAACCUACGCAAUCUUCUAGUUUUGAAGCUAAACUAAAGGAAAACUUGAUGGGAGGACGCUUCCGUUUCAUUAACGAACAACUCUAUACCAUGAGUAGCAAAUCGGCUAAUAAACUGUUCAGAGAAGACAAAUCGGCAUUUGAAGCCUACCAUGAAGGCUAUCGACACCAAGUUCAGAAGUGGCCAAUGAAUCCAUUAAAUAAAAUUAUUAAAUUCAUUAAAAAACUUCCCAAGGAUUCAGUCGUUGGAGAUUUUGGUUGUGGGGAGGGAAAACUCGGUCAAUCGGUUCCUAACAAGGUGUUUUCCAUUGAUUUAGUGGCUUGUAGGAAAGACAUCAUUGCCUCUGACAUGGCCAACACUCCCCUUGAUAACGAGUGUCUGAACGUUGCGGUCUAUUGUCUAUCACUUAUGGGCACAAACUUGAAUGAUUACUUGCUAGAAGCAAACCGUUGCUUAAAAAUGGGUGGUAUAUUGUUAGCUGCAGAGAUUGAGUCUCGUUUUGAUGAUGUUAGGCAGUUUAUAAAGUCGUUGGAAAAUUGUGGCUUCAGUUUGAUCAAAAAAGAUGCUUCUGUAAAAUUAUUCCUCUUCUUUCAAUUUAAAAAGGUCAGGAAUGUCGGAAAGGAAGCAAAGUUAACACCGUUUUCGUUGAAACCUUGUGUAUAUAGGAAGAGAUAAAGAAUGAGGAACAUUUUGUUAACAGAUAAAGAUGACCAAAAUAACAAUAUUUGUUUAACUAUUUUCUUAAAUAUAUUGUAGAAAGUAAAUAAAAUACAUAACCUAGGGAAAACAACA